AUGGUCCCCGAUGAAACCCAUCAGUAUAUGGGAAUUAUCCAUUUACUUCAGUAUUUUGGAUGGAUUUGGGUUGGGCUCCUUGCUGUGGAUGAUGACAGUGGAGACCAUUUUUUGCAGAUCCUGGAGCCAUUGCUUUCUCAGUACGGGGUUUGCUCAGCAUUCACAGAAAGACUCCCAAAUCAAGGCCAUUUCCAUGGCUUUGAGGAACUUAAUGACAUGGCACAUAUUAUUUAUCAACCUUUCAUGGAUCAGAAAGCUAGAACAUUUGUUAUCUAUGGCGAAACAAUGACUGUUCUGUGGCUGAUUGCUUUGAUUGUUGUAGCAGAGCCUGAAUAUAAGGAAAAUACAUCUGUUGGAAAGGUAUGGAUUAUGACAGCCCAGAUUGAUUUUGCAGUAACUGCCUUUAUAAGGGGUUGGGAUUUUGAAAUGUUUGAAGGCACAAUGUUCUUUGCAAUUCACUCAAACGAGCCUCUAGGAUUCAGGACAUACCUUCAGAACAUAAGGCAUUACUGGACAGCAGAAGAUGGUUUUCUGAAGGACUUCUGGGAGCAAGCUUUCAACUGUUCAUUUCCGAGUCAUAGGGUUCCAGCUGUUGAUAACACAUGCACUGGUGAGGAGAGACUAGAGAGCCUUCCUGGGGCUGUUUUUGAAAUGCGCAUGACUGGGCACAGCUACAGCAUCUAUAAUGCUGUCUAUGUUGUGGCAUAUGCUUUGCAUGUCAUGUCCUCACCAAGAUUUAGCCACAGACAGGUGGUUGGGAAAAAAGGACCUGAACUUCAAGAUCUUCAGCCCUGGCAGCUCCACCCAGUUCUUCAAGGCAUUUCAUUUAACAACACAGCUGGAGAAAGAGUAUCUUUUGACGAUAAAAAGGGAAAGGGAGCUGGUUUUGAUAUAAUGAACAUGGUAAUGUUUCCAAACAAUUCCUUCACUCAAGUGAAAGUUGGAAGGCUGGAUCCCAAUGCAGGAAAUCAACUCAUCAUUCAUGAGGAUAAGAUUGUGUGGCACAGGCGUUUUAACCAGGUGCUUCCCCUUUCUGUGUGCAGUGACUCCUGCCGUGCUGGCUACCAGAAGAAAAAGAAGGAAAGGGAGGCAUUUUGCUGCUAUGAUUGUAGUCCGUGUCCAAAAGGAAAGAUUUCAGACAAGAGGGAUAUGAAUGACUGUUUCAGAUGCCCAGGAGAUCAGUAUCCAAGCAAGAUUCAAGAUCAAUGCAUUCCCAAGACAAUAAGCUUACUGUCGUAUGAAGAGCCUUUAGGCAUCAGUUUAGCUUUGUUUGCUGUUUCACUUUCUCUAAUCACACUCCUGGUCCUCAGAACAUUUAUUAAGCACAAAGAUACCCCCAUUGUCAAAGCCAACAACCGAAAUCUCACCUACGCUCUCCUUGUCUGCCUUCUCCUCUGCUUCCUCUGUUCUUUGCUAUUCCUUGGACAACCUACAAAGGUGACCUGCAUUCUCCAACAAUCUACUUUCAGCAUCAUUUUCUCACUGGCUGUUUCGUGUGUGUUGGCCAAAACCAUCACUGUGGUUGUAGCUUUCAUGGCCACCAAACCAGGGUCCAGCAUGAGGAAGUGGGUGGGGAAAAGACUGGCCAACUCGGUUGUAUUUUCCUGCUCCCUUAUUCAAGCAGUAAUUUGUACUGUGUGGCUAGGAAUAUCUCCCCCAUUUCCAGAUUUGGACAUGCAGUCACUAACUGAAGAGAUUAUAGCAGAAUGUAACCAAGGCUCCACCACCAUGUUUUAUUUUGCCCUGGGCUACAUGGGACUUCUAUCCAUCAUCAGCUUCACUGUGGCUUUCUUUGCCAGGAAGUUGCCAGACAGUUUUAAUGAAGCCAAAUUCAUCACUUUCAGCAUGCUGAUGUUUUGCAGUGUCUGGUUGUGUUUUGUUCCAACCUACCUGAGCACCAAGGGAAAAUCCAUGGUGGCUAUGGAGAUCUUCUCUAUUUUAGCCUCCAGUGCUGGAUUACUGGGUUGUAUCUUUUUCCCGAAAUGCUACAUUAUAAUGAUGAGGCCUGAGCUGAACAACAGAGAAUUGCUAAUAAGGAGGAAGAAUUAAACAGUCUACAUGUCCAGUUACCUUUCAGGCUUAUAGUACAAUGGCCAUAUUCAAGGA